AUGGAGGGGGACCCGGCGCAGCUGGGCCUCGCGCUCCGCCAGGUGGCGGCCCUCCAGUUCUGGCAGGGCUACGCCGCCCUCGACGCCGCCUACCGAUCAUGGAAAUCCGACGCCGGCGCCGCCCUCCUCUCCCGCGGCUCCGACGGCCCCGACGGCGGCGGCGCGUCGCUGCGGGUCCACCUCGGGAACUCGUUCGAGGUGGCCGUCGCGCGCGGCGAGGCGCUCGCGGGCCGGCUGCUGCGGCUGGCGGCGGAGGACCGGCUUGGGGUGCUGGUGGCGCCGGGGGAUGACGCGGCGGCGGGCGGGGAGGACCCGGCGCGCGUGCGGCUGCUGGUGGUGGCAGCGGGGGGCGAGGCGGGCGCGGACGAGUACCGGUCCGCCGUGGACGCGCGCACCCUGCGGCUGCAGCUGGAGCAGGCCCUGGCCUCGCUGACGUCGUCCUGCCCCGACCUCGAGGCCUCGGUGUCAACCCCGGCCGCCGAUGACGACGCUGACGAGGACGACGCUGACGAGGCAGACCUCCCGUCCGGCGACGAGACGCUGCUGCUGCUGGACCGAGGGGGCCGCGAGCAGCGCCGCCGCCGCGGCGUGGUGGUCGUCCGCCUUGCAUCUGCGGCCGCGGCGCCGCCGCCGGGCGCGCCGGAGCACGAGGCGCUGCGGCUGCACCACAAGGCGGGUCGCGCGUGGGAAGCGAUGGCGGCGAAGGCCGCGUGGCUGCUGGGUGGCGCGCGGCGGGAGGCGGCGGGCGGCGGCGGGGAGGGCGAAGGCGGGGGCCAGGGCGGCGGCGGCGGCGCCCCGAGGCUGGUGGUGGUGUCGCUCGGGGCCAGCUUCUCGACAGCUGCCCAGAUCGCGCGGCACAGGACGACCGCCAAGCUGCUCACCCGCGUGGCCAAGGUGCUGCUCGCCCUCACGCGCGUCGGGCACUACAGCGCCCCCCUCAGCGCAGAGCUCGCGGAGCUGGCCGCCGGCGCGCGCGCGCCGCCGGGCGGCGGCUCGCUGGCCGACCUGCUCGCCCCGCGCGACGCGCGGCGGCUGCUGCGGCUGAUGGCGGCGGCGCUCGAGGAGGCGCCGCCGGGGCCGGGCGCGGUGCUGGUGUGA